CUCAAUCGCCAGCCAGAUUAGCAACGAACUUCGCCGCUGAACAAAAUUAACGAGCGUAAAAAGGGCCAAGCCUAGAAGCCCACCCAUAUGCCUGCGGCAGCCGUUGAGCUCACGCGCACGAGCACGUCCUCGACCGACGAGCGUCUCGUGGCCGCAGCCGUCACCUUUACGCUUUCCGACCGCUCCUCCUCUGCACCUUCUGCCGCUGGCGACGCCAUUAAUACAGCUACAGCGCAUCAAGACGACUCAUGGAGCAGUACAGAUAGGCUGCCGUUCAUAUCCGAGUCGCGUUUUAAUUCUUUGACGCAUGACGCAUCUGGCCGCCCGCAAGGCAUCGGAAGAGAGGACGACAGCAGUGACAUGUCCGCGACAGGGAGCAUCGUCGAGCUUGCCAACACGAGCGCCAGCGUGAGCGGUAGUGCUGAGAUGGUACGCGAAAGGACGGUCUCAGCGGGGAGUCCUUUCGGCAGACGCAUCAUCGACCUCACUCACGACGACUCGGCUGAGCAACUCCCACAGGGGCGAAGUGAUGAGCGGGGGUAUGCCCCAAGGGAAGCAGAGAGCGAUGAAGAAGGCAACAUACAUGAAGAUGGAAUGGGAGAAGGAACAAUGGACGACAUGACACACGAUCAGACCGGUGUAACGGGCACGGCUAACGAGGAGAACAGCAUCUACCUUCCGCAGGACCCCGAACGCAUCGCAGAGAUAUGCCGCUUCGAUGUUGGUAUCGAACGCGGCCUACCGGGGGCGGAGUCCUGGAAGGGAGGAGUACGCCAAGCGCUGCAAGCGCUCAAACGGCAGCUCCAGCCAGACAGCAGCAAGCAGCUACCGCCAUGCUCACGAAAACGGCGCCUGCUCGACAUGCCCCUCCCACCGCCAGUCGCGCGACGCGAGUGUGUACGCUUACAACGCCUCGCGGAGCUCUCGAACCCAGGCGCCAUGACUCGCCGCGCCCUCCAAGCCGAACACAACCUAAGCAAAGCGCGCAGAGAGACCAGGCGUUUGCACAUCCCCAAAGCAUUUCGCACAGGUCCCACUCACCCAGAAUUUGACCUGCUCGACCCGCACACACACGAUUCCGACCGCCUUGGUGCUGAUCCGAUCUCUGCUGCGCAAAGCACUGCGAAGAGGAGCGCGAAUGCCUCCGCCGCGACGUCUGACUUUGUCCAGCACGACGCACGUGGAUACCACACUAUAUGGUCGCCCUUUGCGGACGACGACCGCAGUCUACUCGACGAUGCGAGUGGGCGGGACACGCAGCUCAAGCUCUGGCAGGCGACAGUCCAGGUUGGCGAUCUCGCGCGCAGCACGUCCACCAUCAUCACCAACUACAGCAAAAGCGCUAAGGCUAGCUUGCAAGAGAUGUGUCGAGAGGCAGAGGGAUUCGACUGGAUGUAUACCUCCUAGUAUCUGUGUUUGCAUGUGUAAAGCCUGUUGUACAGUAGGGCAAUGCAAGAGGGGAGUAACCUAAUUCGCACCUAAUCCAAUUC